AUGGCCUCCUAUCUAUUUCUCUGCCUAUUCCUCUUCUUUCCCCAUCUUUAUGCUUCUUUUUCUUCUUCAGGAUCUCACUCCUGCACUUCACUAAUCCAGUUCAAGGACUCCUUUUCCAUAACAGAGGAUGCUUCUUUUUCUUGCGAUUGUAUUACAGGCCUUAAAUCUUAUCCCAAGACAAAUUCAUGGAAAGAGGGUACAGCUUGCUGCUUAUGGGAUGGGGUCACUUGUGACCAAAUAAAUGCUCAUGUUAUUGCCCUUGACUUGAGCUGCAGUUGGCUAUAUGGCAACUUCCCUUCCAAUACCACUCUUUUCCUUCUUCCUCACCUUCAAAAACUCAACCUUGCCUACAAUGAUUUUAAUCUUUCCAAAAUUCCAUCUGAGUUUGGUCGGUUUGAAAGUCUAGUAUAUCUCAACCUUUCUCAUACCAGUUUUGUAGGAGAGGUCCCAUCCCAAGUCUCCCACCUGUCAAAAUUGGUUUCACUUGAUCUCUCCUCUUGGAUUUAUGACUCUGCAAUUGACAAACAUGCUCUGGAGGGACUUGUUCAAAACCUAACCGAGGUCAGACUUCUGUUUUUGGAUGGAAUCAACAUGUCUUCUACUAAUCCUCAUGUCUUCAUGAAUCUAUCUUCUUCUCUGAGGUCUCUCAGUCUUGGUUUUUGUGAUUUGCAAGGAAAAUUCCCAAAAAACAUUUUUGAUUUGCCAAACCUCAAUCUCCUUGACUGGGGGGGCAACCAAAACCUCAAUCUUGAUCAUUUGAAGUUCAAUCGGAGCAACAAUCUUGAACAUUUGGAUCUGUCGUGGAUGUCUUUCUCUACAAAAUUGAUUGAUUCAGUUGAUAAUCUACAGGCCUUAAAGUACUUAGAUCUAUCAGGAAAUUUCAAGAAUUGUCUGUCUCAAUCACAAAUUUAUCAUCUUUGGAGUACUUGAGUAUUAGGGGCGCAAAUAUUUGUGGAGGAUUGCCCGACUCGAUUGGGAAUCUUGUGUCCUUGAAGUUUUUAGAUCUCUCCAUUUCCAACUUAUCAGGACCGGUUCCAAGAUCACUGGGAAACCUUUUACGACUCACUCAUUUAGACUUAGGAUGGAACAAAUUGAGUGGACAAAUUCCAUUAUCAAUUCUAAACCUAACGCAGCUUGAAUACUUGGGAAUAGCUACAAAUUCAUUAGAAGGUUCCAUUCCAGAUGAGGUAACCGCAUUUCCUAGUCUAAUAACUUCAAGGUUAUAUGACAAUUUACUCAAUGGAACACUUCGGUCAUGGUUGUAUACUGCUCCCUCCUUAAAGGAAAUAUAUCUCUCUGAUAAUCAAUUCAGUGGGCAUAUCAAAGAAUUCCAAUCCAAAUCACUAGAAUUGAUAAGGUUAGAGAAUAAUAAACUCCAAGGUCCUCUUCCAUCUUCAAUAUUCCAACUUCUCAAUCUUACCCACCUCUUUUUGUCCUUCUUAGUGGUGUCAUGGAGUUGAGCAUGUUCUCAAGCCUUCCAAAUCUCAAAUAUCUCGACCUUUCAUAUAACAGCCUAUCCUUAACAUCUAAUAGCACUUCUAGUGUUAAUCUUACAAGCUUAUUUUUGUCAUCUUGCAAUCUUAGUGAAUUCCCCCAAUUUUUAAAAGGGCUUAAAAGUUUGGAAAGCUUAGACCUCUCUUACAACAGAAUUGAAGGCAAGAUUCCACAGUGGAUGCAAGAGGUGGGGAAUGACUCUUUGACUUACUUAAAUGUAUCUCACAACUAUUUGACAGAAGUUGAGCACUUUCCAUGGAAGAAUAUUGCAGUUCUUGACUUAAGCUCCAAUUUGAUCCGUGGAAAUCUCCCGAUUCCAGCUUCGACGAUCAAUGUCUUUCUGAUCUCAAAUAAUAGUUUCAAUGGAGAGGUCUCUUCUUUAAUAUGCAAUGUCACUUCUCUUCAAAUUCUUGAUUUGUCCCACAAUAACUUGAGUGGAACAAUUUCACAAUGUUUUGAAAAUUUGAGCAACAGCCUUGAAUUCUUGAAUCUGAAGAAGAACAAGUUUUAUGGGACGAUUCCUCCAACAUUUGCAAAGGGGUGCCGACUGACUAAUUUAAACUUAAAUGGAAAUCUGUUAGGAGGGCCUUUGACACCAUCCAUCCUUAACUGUAGAGGUCUGGAAGUGCUAGAUCUUGGUAACAACAAGAUCAAUGAUACAUUUCCUCAUUGGUUGGGAAGUCUUCCACAGCUACAACUUCUUGUACUAAAGUCAAAUCAAAUGCAUGGUUCCUUGCAUGACCAUAGCUCCAAGUUUAGUCCUUGUUUCUCUAAAAUCCAAAUUUUUGACCUUUCAAGUAAUUAUUUUUCUGGACCCCUACCUGUGAGAUACAUCAACAACUUCAAGGCUAUCAUAAAUCUCAAGAAAAAUGGUAGUGCAAGGUCAUACAUGGGUUUGAAGUAUGCUUCUAUCAAUAGUGGAUUCUAUACCUAUUCCAUUGGAAUUGUUACGAAAAGGACCUAUAUGGAAUUGGAAAAAAUUUUCACCAUGUGGAUGAUCAUUGAUCUCUCAAACAAUCAGUUUGUAGGAGAGAUUCCAAAGGUUAUUGGGAAGCUUAACUUACUGAAAGGGCUCAACCUUUCUCAUAAUAACCUUAAUGGUAGGAUCCCCACAUCAGUAGGGAAUUUGACAAGUCUUGAAUGGUUGGACCUAUCUUCAAACAGGUUGUCUGGGACGAUUCCAAAUAAAUUGGCAGAUCUGCCAUUUCUUUCGUCCUUAAAUGUUUCUGAAAAUCAACUCCAUAGUCAGAUUCCUCAAGAAAAACAAUUCAACACAUUUGGAAAUGAUUCAUAUGAAGGAAAUAAGGGACUAUGUGGGUUUCCGGUCUCGAAAGGUUGCAAAAUCAUUGAGCCAGCACCUCCAAAUGUGCUUGAAAAAAAUGGCUCAAAAUCAAACAUUGCUUUUGGUUGGAAAGUGGUGUUGAUAGGUUAUGGAUGCGGAAUACUGCUCGGAAUGUCGGUGGGAUAUGCUGUUUUCCAAACUGGUAAGCCGGAAUGGUUGGUGAAUUUGGUUGAAAACCAACAUGAGAAGAGGCGAAGAAGAAAGUCAAAGAAUGGCAAUCGCAGCAAUAGACGAAGUAGGCCUGAUUACUGCGAAUGAUGUUCAAGCAUUAGUGUUGUAUUUUCACAAUUUCUUGUUUUGUAGACCGUUUUGCCUAUGGUGAAGGGUUGCAUUUCGUACUGUCUUUCAUUGCAUUUCGUACUGUCUGUAAUGGUUUGUUUGAGUUUAACAUUUUGUAUUGUGUUGUUGUUUAUGUCUUCUUUUAUAACUUUCAAUUCAGUCUCAAUAAUCUUUGCUUCUGCUCACUAAAGGACAACAAAAUGUCUCAGUGAUCUCUGUUGUCUUUAUCUUUAGCAUUGUGCAUGGUGUAUUCCCAGUGGUGGCUUGUUCAUGAAUCACUUGACAAGCUAAUGUAUUAACAUGUUAAGUUUAUAGCUAACAUGGAAAUCAAGAUGUUGAUGGCGCGGACAAA